AUGAAAAGGAGUAUAAAAUAGUAACAUUAGGUAUAAUUAAAAUAACUGUACUUUAAAUAGAAACUAAAUCUAUAAACUGAGGUUGAUGAUACAAGAAAUACAAAAUUAGUAAGUAAAUUUAGUAAUGUUUAGAUUUCUUUGAAUUAUUCACCUUUAAAUAAGGUAGAUUAGAGUGUGUUAUCUAAUAAGUGGAAAAUCAAUAAGGGAUUAUUAAAUAAUAAAACAAACAGAAUAUUGACUUAAUAAUAAUCAGAUUCAGAAGCUGAUUUUCCUAAUUAAUUGAAAAUAAUUUAACAAUCAUAAAGAAAUUAGAUUCAAACAAAAAGAUCAAUAUCAAAUAAAAGAAAUAAUAGUAUUGGAGAUUAUAAUUAAUCUCCUAAAAAUUAAAAUAGACCAACAUCUCUAUAUACAAGUUAAAAACAAAGGUCAUAUUCUAAUCAACAAUAAUAACAACAACAUAGAUAACAAUAAUAAUCUCUAUUUUAGUCUGUAGGUAUAAAGAAUAAUUAAAUAAAUGAUCCUAAGACAUUUGUUUAAUAAUAUGAAAUAACUUUAGAAGAAUGGGAUAAAUUUGGUAAUAGAUUUCCUUUUGGAUUUUAAAGAGAGAAGUUAUUAGGAAGAGGAGGUUUUUCAUUGAUUUGGUUAGCUAAAGAGUUAAAAGGAGGUGCAUUAUGUGCUAUUAAAUAAAUACCUAGAAAAUCUAAACAUGAAACUCAUUUUAAAGAACUAGCUUUUUGUACUUAGUUUUUUAAUAAAGGAGGUUAAAUAAAGACUUAGUAUUAAUAAAAUGAAGGUGUUAAGAAUCUAUGUAAAAUGUUAGAUUAUGUAAUUGAUCCUCAUGACGUAUUCAUCAUAUACGAAGUGUGUGGAUAUUCAUUGGGCACUUAAUUAUAUGAUUUUGAAUCCAUCAAUAAUAGUUAUAAGGUAUAAUAAGAAUACAUGGUAGUUAAUUCCAUAGAAAUUAAGUUUGCUGUUUAAGUAGUUUCCUGUCUUUUUAUUAAAGUUUAUCAAAAGAAUUACAUAAACUAUAGAAUUGUUGGUCAAGACUGGUUGGGUUCAUAGUGAUAUCAAAAGUGAAAACAUUCUUAUUUCUUAUGGAUAAUAAGAUGUUGAUUUUAAAAUUAUAGAUUAUGGUUCCUCUUUCAAAUUUAUUGAAGUUUUUGACAAAUUUUCUAUGGCUACUCCAGAAUAUAUGUCACCAGAAAUGUUAACAUUUAUAUUAAGAGAAAAUUAAAUGUCUUAUGAUAGUCAAUUAAUUGAAUCUCUUGUUAAUUAUGAUAAAUCAUGGGUUAUAGAUAUCUGGGGACUAGGAUGUGUUAUUUUAGAAAUUAUAUCAGGAUUACCAUUAUGGAUGAGUUAUGAUACAUAAGUUAUCAAUCAUAAAGGUUAAAAAGUUAUGGCUUAAGGUCUUUUUGCUGUUUCCGGAAGAAGUUUUAGUAAAAUCGUUGAAAAACAAAUCAAAAUUCUUACCAAUCUUGAAUUUGUCUUAAGAGAAUAAAAUUAUUCUGGUAUUUAAGUUACACCUUUAUUAAUUUAAUUAUUAAAAGGUAUGUUAGCCAUUAAUCCUAAACAAAGAUAUUCACCUUAAUAAAUAUUGAAUUUACUUUAAGAUAUUUGA